AUUCGAUACAUUUACAUCACCCAUUUGCCCCACCACCACCACUAUUUCCACCUCUUCCUCCCACCACCACCACCACUCUCUCCUUUUACUUCAACCCAUUUUCCCAACUCACUGGAGAUCACUCUCCUUUUAUCUUUUCCAAAAUUUCCCUUCCUUCCUUCCUUCCUCCCCCUUUUCCCCCCAAAAAAGCACACUCCUUAGUUACCUGACACAAAAAUAACGAAGUUAUAAACUUUAUUCAAUUUUGGCAUCUGGGUCUAUCCCAAAAUUGCUUCCUUUUGGAUUGUUCUUAAUUUAAUUCAUGUAUAUAGUUGGCGGGUUUUAAUAAAGUUUCAAUUUUUAUACAAUCCAAUCUGUAAUAAACAACAGCUAAAACAUUAAUAAAGAUCAUUAAUUUGUAAGUGAGUUGAAGUUAUUAAUAAAUGGGGAAUGUGAAUGGAAGAGAAGAAGAAGGAGCAAUCAGUCCAUCGAGUGGUUGUGGUGGUGGUGAAGGAGAAAGUCAUAACAGCAGUGAGGUUAUGGUUGCAUCAGAUGAGUCCCAUGUUACUUAUCCUGCACCUCCUCCUGAAAUGAUGGGUCACUCACCUCCGCAUAGCCCAAGAGCUACUCACUCACCUCUUAUGUUCACUCCUCAGGUCCCAGUGGUUCCAUUGCAAAGACCCGAUGAGAUUCAAGUUCCAAGUCACUCAUGGAUGCAAAAUUCUUUAGGGUAUGAAGAAAUGUGUAAUGAGCAAGGAAUUCCAACAAUGAUUACAUGGACUUAUGGUGGCAAGGAAGUAGCUGUUGAGGGAUCAUGGGAUGACUGGAAAACAAGAAUGCCUUUGCAAAGAUCAGGAAAAGACUACACUAUAAUGAAAGUUCUGCCAUCAGGUGUUUAUCAAUACAGGUUUAUUGUUGAUGGACAAUGGAGGUAUGCCCCUGACUUGCCCUGGGCCAAAGAUGAUUCUGGCAAUGCUUACAAUGCUUUGGAUUUGCAGGACUUUGUUCCAGAAGACCUUGAAAGUAUAUCUGGUUUUGAACCCCCUCAUUCUCCAGUGUCAAGCUACAGCAACUUGCAACUUAGUAACGAGGAUUUUGCGAAGGAGCCACCAAUGGUUCCUCCGCACUUACAAAUGACACUGCUCAAUGUGCCAUCAUCCUGCAUGGAGAUACCGCCUCCUUUGUCAAGACCUCAACAUGUCGUGCUUAAUCAUCUCUACAUGCAGAAGGGAAAGAGCGGGCCUGCUGUGGUGGCACUUGGUUCAACACAUAGGUUCUUAGCCAGGUAUGUGACUGUGGUGCUUUACAAGUCUUUGCAGAGGUAAUAAUUUACUGCAUCUGUGUGGGAGUUGUAGUUUACCAUCCUUAAAAUGUAGUUAAGAUAUGCCAAUGGCUCAAGUAAGCUCAGGAAGGAGUCACUUCAAGCAUUAAAAAGAUUGUAUUUUACAAAAUACAAAUGCUUGAUCACCAUUGUUAGUCAAUUUAGCUGUUUGUUUUUAUCACAUUAUGUAGUUGUUCUCUGCAAUCAUAUGGGGAAAAGAAGAGCUCAUAACUCUCUUGCGUAGGUUCAUCUAAUGCUUUCACCACAUUAUCGCAGUCUUCGAUUGAUUUAAGUGGAUUGGGAACUACCUUAAACUGGCCUUAUUCUCCUCUCUUUUUUUCCGAGAAGAAAAUGGGUAGACACUUCAAAUCUUGGUGCAGUUGUAUUUUUUUUAUUUAUCUAGCAGAAGAGACUCUCUUGAUUGCCC